UUGGUUUUCCUCUGCAGCCGAUGGGUGUAUACCCUAAAUAAAAGGAUGGACUUUCCGAAGCUUUAAAUACGACUCAGAUCUGUUGUCAUUUUAAUCUUCCCUUUGGUGUCAUAUACUGCUUUCCUGUUUGGUUGCUACGGUUUCGACAGGCUGUGCAAUGGCAAGACCACUGGAGAAUGCCUUGGACGUCAUCGUGUCGACCUUCCACAAGUAUUCCAGCAAAGAAGGGGACAAGUACAAGCUCAACAAGUCUGAGCUGAAGGAUCUGCUGCAGAGGGAACUGCCAGGAUUCGCUGGUAAAAAGAAAGACGAAGCCACGUUCCAGAGGAUCAUGAGCAACCUGGAUGCCAACCAGGACAACGAGGUGGACUUCCAGGAAUAUGCAGUCUUCCUCGCGUGCAUCGCCAUGGCGUGCAAUGAAUUCUUCCAAGGCUGCUCUGACAAGAUGCCGCGGACCAAGUGAGCACGAGAAAAGGAGGGGUCCCCCCCUUGCGAUUCCCCAAUAAAGUUGCCUUCACCAUACGGGCCCUGUUGUA